UAACACUGACCCAAUACCACAUGUGGUAGGGGUAGGAAUCAGACGAUUGUAAUACUACAGUCGUCUGUCGUAGCAUAAUAUGUUAUAUGUAUAAUAAACAAUAAUAUGUUUAUUCAGUGUUAGCAUCCAGCUAACAGUUGUCUCAAACAACUCAAAUCCUCAAACAAGACACAUCGCAUCGUUCGGUGUACGAUUAUUGUCCGAUAACUGCGCCGUCAGCGGAGAUUCUUGAGACCAGAGAGACAUCUAUACAUGCGUUACUCCAGUAUAGCCGAUAGCGUAGCUGCAGUCUAGGGCCAGUACUCAGUAGGCAUGGGGUAUUUCAGAAAUUUUUUUCUCUCUAAAUCAUUAUUGAACAUUAAUAUUUGAGUUCACUAAAGCCAUCUGCAACGGUAGAAAUACUUUCAUACGAUCGAAAUUUUUAAGUUUUGGAUAAAAAAAAACAUGAGUGAAUUAAUGAUCCAGCCUACAGCUCCGCUUCAAAUCCAAUGGCCUCAAUCGCCUCCAGUUGCGGUACCACAACCAAUGGGUCCUAAUAGUACACAAACUGUAUGUACUACUUGCGGAAAUUACAUUUAUACAAGUACAUCUAAGAAAGCUAAAUCUUCUGCUUGGUGGAGUUGUAUACUGAUGUGUUUCUGUGGAUGUUUUUGUGGAUGCUGUCUAAUUCCUUGCUGCAUGGACUCUUGCAAUGUUGUCAACCACAAAUGCCCAAAAUGUGAUUCUUUUUUGGGACAGUACAGACCAUAAACUAAAAUACAAAAACAAUAUGAGUUUAAACUUUAAACCAUACCUAAUUUUUUUUCUCCCCUUAUUAUUAUUUAUUAUAAAUGACAAUUGAAUACAGUUGGUUUUCAAUGUUUUGUGUAUUAUUUUAAUAAAAAAUAAUAAACUGUGUAUUUAUUCUUCUAUUUUACACUGUAAUAGUAUAACAUACAUACUAUUAUGAUGGCAUUAAAUUUAAAAAUAAGGUAUGAUAUUGUCAUAAUUUUAUUGCUGAAGAAGUUAAAUAAAAACUGAGUAGUAUGAUAUGAAAAAUAAUAUGAUGUUAAAUAUAUAUUGUUUUGUAUGUACCUAUACUACUAUUUUACAAGAAUUUAAUAUAAUUAUUACUAUUAACUAUUAAGUCACAAAGUAUAAAUUAUUUGGAAAAAUGUAUAUUUACAUUGUUUUGUUAAUAAAUUAAAAUAAUGAUUUUACUAUAACAGCAGUAUAGAAUUAAUAUGUUUAAAGAUUUUUUUUUUGUGAUGUGCUUAAAAUAUGAAAUAAUAUAUAUUAAAUUGUAC